UACUGAACGGCAUAAAUAAUUCAAUGCACUCUAGCGAGGCGAUAAUUAUAGCCACUUAUUCUGACGCCAGUCUCUAGUUCCGCAACACAACGUAGAGACUCAAACAUGGCAACAAGAGAAGACCGUGGGAUAACUCUUCUACGUAUGCUCGAGUCGCCAUCUGCCGUGUGCAAAGUAAAACUGUCAUCUUGAUGUGUUCAUCAGAAAGAAAAUGUUCUAAAAUAAACACGUAUUAAUCAGUCCCGUCCCACCACAAGACAUAAUCUUCAAUCGGCUCGCGAUGGCAAAGGUCGAUGAUUCAGACAGCGAUGAGGAAUUGAGUGCGGAAGUACUAGCUCUCAUAGCUGACAGAAUGGCCAGGCGAAAAACCGCGCUUCAAGAGAGAGAGAAAGCGAAAGAGAAGGCCAGAAACCGCAACAAUUUCACCACUAUUAACGUCAGCGGUCGCCGCUUUCUCGUCGACAUUGAGAUCUUUAGCCGUUUUCCAGACACACUUCUCGGGAGCACGAUGAAGCAGCACUUUUACGACCCUUCCAAGAAGGAGUACUUUUUCGACCGUGACCCGGAGGUGUUCAAAUAUAUCAUAACCUUCUACAAGACUGGAAAACUCCACUACCCAGAGGAAGAGUGUGCCUGCUGCUUCGAGACCGAGUGCGCGUAUUUCGGCAUCCUUGCCGACAUCAUGUCUGAUUGCUGUCACGAGCCAUACGGAGAACAAAAGGAAGACUUCGAUGAUUAUUUAAAACGCAAUAAACCGGCGCUUGGGCUUACGGACCCUGACAGUCUCAAGGGAGCGGCUCGGUUCCGCUGCAAAAUGUGGCAGCUUUUCGAAGAACCGAGCGGUAACAUUUUUGGACUGAUGCUGCACUACAUAUCAGCAGUUUUUAUAGCCGUCAGCGUCGUUACAUCUGUCGUGGAGACUGUUCCAUGUGGGAUCACCACUUGUGGGAAAAAAUACGAGUACUUAUUUUUUGUUCUAGAAGCAAUAUGCGUGUGCCUGUUUUCCACUGAAUACGCGUGCCGAUUAUAUUCUGCUCCUGAGCGCUGGUUAUUCAUGAAGAAGUUCCUGAGUAUCAUAGACUUGAUCGCCAUAUUACCUUUCUACGCGGGGCUUAUUGUACCUGAAGCCUCGAGCGGACCUUUUACGGUACUCAGGGUUUUCCGGAUUUUCCGGAUUGUCAAGAUGUCACGGCACAGCACCAAAGUACGCGCGGCGGGAAGCUCACUCAAGGACAGUUUCUCGGAGUUGAGUUUCGUGUUCGUUGUAUUGGCUGCCCUGAUCAUCCUGUUCUCGUCGGUGAUUUAUUAUUCCGAGAGCGUCGACCCGAAUAGUAACUUCACGAGCAUACCUGCAACCUUCUGGUACACUAUCGUAACAAUGACAACCCUAGGGUACGGUGACCUUGUACCCGAGAGCCUUGUUGGCAGACUCACGGGGGCCCUGUGUUCUCUGAGCGGGAUUCUUGUAGUCGCACUCCCCGCCCCAGUCCUCGAGAAGAACAUGAAGAAAGCUCGGAAAGGCGAGAACGACGACCGAAUACCACUGACCUACCAAACUCCUGCCAGGAAAAAGAAAAAUUCGACUCGCUUUCAACAAAGCUCCACAAGUAGCUCAAAUGCCCGUACAACAGUGUGACGCGAAGCCAAAAUGCAAUUGGCGGAACAAGAAACCUUUGAAAUGUGAGGACUUGAAAUAUGUAUACUAUCCCAAAAGAUUUAAGGAACAGAAUUUACUUUAUUGGAACAAGAAAAAAUUGCAGUAAAUUCAUAAAGCAAAUCCAAGAAACAAAUGACUUUGGUUUGAGAUUAUUCGGGUAUAUUCAAAACCGUAUAUGCAGAACUUGCCAUGAAAUCGUAGAUAUGUCAUGUACUAAGUUAUACUUAUAGGACGUUGUCACCGUUAAAUAACCAAGGAUAGAGGAGGCUAGACGGGGACCCCCACCCAUAACGUAUCAAGGUGUAUCAAGACUGUACAGUCUGAAGCAUAUAGUAUCCAGUAAACCUCAAAAAAAUGUCUGAGCCAUAGAGCAUGUACUAAAUAAACCCCACAGAAGCGUCUGAACCAGGGGAGGUGACUCUGCAGAAAAGUAGACGGGGAUGCUCGUUCUAUCUUUUAGGAUAUAAAAUUCUUACCAACUGCUAUCUCUUAGGGGAUGUUUUAGGAUUUUUCCGAUUCUGCUAUCAUUUAGGGCGUCUCAAGCUCAAUGGUGGCCCAAUCGCUCGAAACGUAUUUUACAAUAAACCACAAGUUAACUGACCGAUUGAUACUUUUGGCUUUAUUGUCGGUAACGUAACAAUACAGGAUCCAUCAGCCAAUAAAAACGUGCAUUGUUUUUUAAGUGCUGUCUCUUAGGGUUAAAAAUUCAUUCGACCACACCCAAUGUGCUAUCACUUAUGGGUAAGAGUUGUUGUUGACCACGUUCUUAGCGCUAUCCCUCAUAAUUAAAAUUGGUUUUGCUGUCGAGCACCCCCGUCUGUGUUUCUCGAAGUCCCCCCCCUUCCCCCGGGCGUCUGAGUCAUAUAGCAUGCAGUAAGCACCACAGAAAUGUCUGAGCCAUAUAUAGUAUAUACUAAAUAAACCCCAGAAAUGUCUGAGUAAAAUAGCAUGCCGUGCUCCCCACA